UUUUUGAUGGAAGACAAUACAGCUGACACUGUUGAGGACGUUCAGAUGGUAGAUCCUCAAGAGAAUGAGAAGAUCAUCCCUUUUGUGGAAAAAUUCAGGCCAAAGACACUAGAUGAGAUAAUCUCCCAUGAUGAAAUCAUUGACACUAUUAAGAACUUUAUAAAGUCUGAUAGGAUUCCGCAUUUGUUGUUCCAUGGACCUCCAGGGACAGGAAAGACUUCAUGUAUGCUGGCUAUAGCAAAAUUGUUGCAUGGGGAAAAUUAUAAGAAAAUGGUAUUGGAGUUAAACGCUUCUGAUGAUAGAGGAAUUGGGACUGUACGGGAUAAGAUCAAGGCAUUCUCAGGGACAUCAACAUUCUUCACCAAAGGGAUCAAGCUUGUGAUACUCGAUGAGUGAGAUAAUGUAACAAAUGCUGCCCAAGCAGCUCUAAGGAGGAUUAUUGAAAUGAACUCUACUACUACUAGAUUUUGCCUGAUUUGUAAUAAUGUCGCGAAGGUUAUCCCAGCUAUCCAGUCGAGGUGCACAAAAUUCAGGUUCUCUCCAUUAAAAGAUGAAUUUAUUUCAAAGAGACUGGAUGAGAUAUGUGAGAGCGAGGAAAUAGAUAUCGACCAGAAGGCAAAGGAUGCAAUAGUGAAGCUUGCUAAAGGAGAUAUGAGGAAGGUCUUAAACAUCCUUGAAAGCGGAUCAUUAGCCCAUUCUAAGAUAACUUCUGAUGAUAUCUAUAAUUGUACAGGAAAGCCUAGUGAGAAAGAAAUUCUUAUGAUUCUGAAAUCUUUGUGUAAAGAUAAUUUUUCAGAUUCAUUAAACACGGUGUUGAAGAUCAAGAAUGCAUCUGGAUUGACUCUUGAUGAUAUAUUGAAUGACUUACAUGAAAGAGUGUUGAAGUCUAAGUUCGAGGAGAAGCACAAGAAAAUACUUACGAUAAAAUUAGCAGAAAUACAAGAAAGGACGUCGAUUGGAUGCAGUGAGUACCUUCAGAUAUCCUCACUGGUGGGGGCCUUCAUUGAAGUUCGAGCAUAAUUAUUCAAAGUUUCAACUUUCAUUUCCAAA